GGGCGGACGUCGGGGUGACUGGUCUGAGGCUGCGCGCCGCCAGGGGUUCCCACGGUCCUCCCCCGCUGCAGGCACCGCCGCCGUCGCGGUCAUCCGCCGCAGAUUUCUGCACUUGAACUCCAAGGUGCAGAAUGAUUUGGAAAGUAGCCACAUUACUCAGCUUGGUCCUGGGAACUGCUGCUGUUUUUGUGGACGAUCCUGAGGAUGGAGGCAAGCACUGGGUAGUGAUCGUCGCGGGUUCAAAUGGCUGGUUUAAUUACAGGCACCAGGCAUUUGGGGAGAUCUAUUUGGAGAGCGUACGUGCCUGGGAUGAAGCCCAAUUGCCAAAGAACUACACUAUCCGCCUCACACCUGUAAUCCUCAAACUUCUUCUAAAUUUUUUAAUUAGGGCUACUUUUCAGAGAAAUGAAAGUAGACGUAGAAAUAGGAAACUGCUGACCUCUGACUCCCAUCCUCAUCUGCUCUCUCUUGGCAGCGGCCCCAAGGAUCAUGUGUUCGUUUAUUUCACUGAUCACGGAUCUACUGGAAUACUGGUUUUUCCUAAUGAUGAUCUUCAUGUGAGUGACCUGAAUAAAACCAUCCAUUACAUGUACAAACACAGAAUGUACCAAAAGAUGGUAUUCUACAUUGAAGCCUGUGAGUCUGGGUCCAUGAUGAACCACCUGCCCGAUAACAUCAAUGUUUAUGCAACGACUGCUGCCAACCCCUCUGAGUCAUCCUACGCCUGCUACUAUGAUGAGGAGAGGAACACGUACCUGGGCGACUGGUACAGCGUCAACUGGAUGGAGGACUCGGACGUGGAGGAUCUGACUAAGGAGACGCUCCACAAGCAGUACCAUCUGGUCAAAUCCCACACCAACACCAGCCACGUCAUGCAAUAUGGAAACAAAUCAAUCUCUGCCAUGAAAGUGAUGCAGUUUCAGGGUAUGAAGCACAGAGCCAGUUCUCCCAUCUCUCUGCCUCCAGUCACACACCUGGAUCUCACUCCCAGCCCUGAGGUGCCCCUCGCGAUCAUGAAGAGGAGAUUGAUGAGCACCAAUGAUCUGCAGGAGUCCAGGCAGCUUGCUGAGAAGAUCCAGUGGCAUCUGAACGCUCGGCAGGUCAUCGAGAAGGCGGUGCACAAGAUUGUGGCCAUGCUGGCGGCGUCCGAGGCCGAGAUGGAGAGCCUCCUGUCCGGCAGAGCCGCGCUCACCCAGCUCGGCUGCUACGAGGCGGCCGUGGCGCACUUCCGCUCGCACUGCUUCAACUGGCACUCUUCCACGUAUGAGUAUGCUUUGAGAUAUUUGUAUGUGCUGGCCAACCUUUGUGAAAAACCUUAUCAAAUUGACAGCAUAAAAUUGUCCAUGGACAAGGUGUGCCUUCUUCACUACUGAAAAGCUGCCUUCUGCAGGCUUUUCCAGUGCGGACACCAGCCCUUAGGACGUGUCCUAAUCAGUGCCUGAGAGGUGAGCGAGCAGAAGUUCGCCUGGCUGCCGCUGCUAGGCCCUUGGGGGCCUCACUGCAGGCUUUUUC